CCGCUGCAUGUGAGUGUGUGUCCACGCUGCCGUAGCGGUCGUAGCUGCCGUGGCUGGAUCCUCUAUGUUCGUGUGAGCCGCUCUUUCUUCCCUCUGGAGCAGAACCGCGUGUGUUCCCGCGCCAUGGCCGACCCGGUGUCCGCGAUGUGUGAGCAGCUGGUUAAGGCUGUGAACGUGAUGAUGGACGCGGAGUCUAAUCAGCGCUAUCGGCUGGAGGCCCUGAAGUUUUUUGAAGAAUUCAAAGAAAAGUGCCCGUUUUGUGUACCGUGCGGCCUCCAGUUGGCAGACAAAUCCCAGGCGGCGGUGGUGAGACAUUUUGGUCUGCAGAUACUGGAGCACGUCAUAAAGUUUCAGUGGAACAACAUGCCACAGCAGGACAAGGUCCAUUUAAAGAACUGCACAAUGGAGCUGCUGACAAAUGGCACAUAUCCCAUCUUGGAGGAACAGAGUCAUAUCAAAGAUGCUCUCUCGCGGAUUGUGGUGGAGAUGAUCAAGAGAGAGUGGCCACAGCACUGGCCAGACAUGCUGAAAGAGAUGGAAACUCUCACUUCAUUUGGGGAAACGCAGACGGAGCUGGUGAUGCUCAUUCUCUUGCGGCUGGCCGAAGACGUGAUCACGUUUCAGACUCUGCCCACGCAGCGGCGGCGGGACAUCCAGCAGACCCUGACGCAGAACAUGGACAGCAUCUUCACCUUCCUCCUCAGCAUCCUGCAGCAGCACGUCGACGAGUACCGGAGACUGAAAAUAAUUCCAGGACAGGAGUUAAAGGCUAAAGCUCACUGCCGAGUCGGUAUAGCCACCUUAAACACUCUGGCUGGCUACAUUGACUGGGUAGCUCUGGUCCACAUCACCAACGACAACUGCCACCUGCUGGAGAUCCUGUGUCUGCUGCUGAGCGAGCCGGAGCUCCAGCUGGAGGCUGCAGAGUGUCUCCUCAUAGCAAUCAGCAGGAAAGGAAAGCUGGAGGACAGGAAGCCCCUCAUGGUGCUGUUUGAAGAUGUGGCCAUGCACUACAUUCUGUCGGCCGCUCAGUCCGCUGAUGGAGCCAACAAUGCCAGUGACCAGCCAGCGGGAGCAGGGCUAUCGGAGAUGAGAUACACCUUCUUGAAGAGGCUCUGUCAGGUGCUCUGUGCUCUCGGCGGUCAGCUCUGUGCACUGGUGGGCUCAGUCGCAGAAGUGAACGUUCCUGGGAAUCUGAAUAAAUACAUGGAAGCUUUCCUUGCCUUCACUACUCAUCCCAGCCAGUUUCUCAGGUCCUCCACACAGACCACCUGGGGAAACAUUUUCAGACAUGAAGUUUUAUCAAAGGAUCUUGUUAUUGCACAGAUGGCCAUUAAGUAUUUGAAGGCAGCCAUGACCAACCUCGUGAAGACAGGGUUCCCCUCUCAGAACGACAGCCCAGCUUGCGAAUACUCCCGUGUGGACUUUGACUGUGAUGAGGACUUCAAUACAUUCUUUAAUUCUUUCAGGGCCCAACAGGGAGACGUUGCUCGCCAUGCCUGUAAGAUUGCCCCUAUGGAAGCCUUCCAGAUCGCCGGGGAAUGGUUACAGUAUCAGAUCAACGCGCCUCUCGACACUGGAAAUGCUCUGUCUAAAACAGGAGAGGGGCUGUGCUCUAUGCUUUCACCUUCAGCCAGGCAGUGGGACGCCAUGACCUUCCUCACAGAGAGUGUGAUGGGACAGCUCUUCAAAAUCGUGGACAAGGAGAAAUUGCCUGUUGACCAAGGCAUGGAGCUGCUCCAGGCCGUAGUGAACUACGAGACGCGGGAUCCCCUCAUACUGUCCUGCAUCCUCAGCAACUUGUCCUCCCUCUUUCCUUUUGUUUUACAUCGGCCAGAGUUUCUACCUCAAGUGUUUUUUAAGCUGUUUCCCGCCAUCACGUUCGAAAUAGUUGAAGAAAGCAAGGCUCCUCGAACACGAGCUGUCAAGAACGUCAGAAGACAUGCCUGCUCCUCAAUCAUCAAGAUGUGUCGAGAUUACCCAGAGUUCAUACUACCAUGCUUUGACAUGCUGUACACCCAAGUGAAGAAGCUGUUUGCCAGUGAGCUGCUGCUGACCCAGAUGGAGAAGUGUGCCCUCAUGGAGGCUCUGGUGCUGCUUAGUAACCAGUUUAAGGACUACAACAAGCAGAAGGCCUUUUUGGAGGAGCUGAUGGCCCCCGUCACGACACGCUGGCUCUCGGAGGAGAUGCGCAGUGUGCUGUGGGAUCCUGCUAGUUUCUUGGCCUUCGUUGGUGCUGAUCAGGUUGUUAAUGAGCCCGCAGCUGAGGACCAGAUGGGAAUCAACAGGUCAAGGAUCAGUUUUUGCGUGUACACGAUCCUGGGAGUGGUGAAGCGGGCGCGGUGGCCUGCUGAUCUGGAGGAGGCCAAAGCUGGAGGCUUCGUGGUGGGCUACACUCCUGCUGGAGCCCCAAUCUACAGGAACCCUUGCGCAGAGCCGUUGCUCGCCCUGCUGCCAAACCUGCUCAGCCUCAUCAGAACCCACAACAGCUUAUUUCUGCCAGAGAAUCUGGCUCGGCUCAGCGAGACCUUCAGUCGGGCUUAUGAUGUGAUGGAUGUGGAGAAGAAUCUUAUUUUAGCAAUUUCCCAGCCAACCAUGGACGUGUACGACUCCCCCGUGUACAGAAGCGCGCUUGAGCGCAUGCAGGGCUUCUUCUGCACGCUCUACGAUAACUGUUACCACGUCAUCGGGUACGCUGGGCCAGCCCUGCAGCAGGACUUCUACACAAUAGAAGGACUGGCGGAACAGUUGGUAGGCUCCGCCCUUAUCCACCUGGAGCACGUUCCUGACCACAGGCUCCGCCCCUUAAUCCGGGUGUUCAUGAAACCUCUGGUCAUGUCCUGUCCUUCGGAGUACUAUGACGGUCUACUCUGCCCCCUGCUGGGCCUUCUGUUCUCCCACCUGCUCCAGAGGCUGAACCUCCGGUGGCAGAUCAUCAACCAAAGAACCAACGUGUGUGGUCCAGAUGACGACGAGGGUUCCGAGGAGAACCAGGUGACUCAGGAAAUGCUGGAGGAUCGGCUGGUGCGACUAGCCACGCGAGAGGUCAUGGAUCUGCUGUCGAUGUCCUGCAUAUCGAGAAAGCUGCCAGAACCAGCAGGAAACAAGGAGGAUGCAGAUGGAGAUGAGGAGAUGAUGGCAACAGAUUCCUCUCAGCUGAAUACGUCACAGACGGCAGAUGAGCUCACAGAACUGGGCAAAUGUCUUCUCAAAAAAGAGGACAUCUACAUGACUCUCCUGGCUAUCUCAUUUAACUCCCUGUCCUGGAGAGACACCACUAACUGUCAGCGGGUUGCUACCCAGGUCUGCUGGGCUUUGCUGAGACAGGUCGUUGGUGGAAACCUGCUUCCUGAGGCCGUAACGUGGCUGUACGCCAGCGUGCUGAAGGCUCUGCAGAUGCACGGUCAACACGAUGGCUGCAAUGCCGCCCUGACCCAGCUGGCUCUGCUCAUCUAUGAUGCUCUGCGGCCUCGAUACGCGGAGCUGCGCGCCAUCAUGAACCAAAUCCCCAACAUCCAUCCAGAGCAGCUAGAACAGUUUGACCAAAGGACAGUCAACCCUGCGCUGCAGAAGGUCGGGGAGAAGAAGAGGAAAGACCAGUUUAAGAAGCUCAUUGCAGGCACUGUGGGGAAACCCCUGGGGCAGCAAUUUAAGAAAGAGGUCCAUAUCCGGAACCUUCCAUCCCUCUUCAAGAAGGUGAAGCCUUCAAAAGACAUUGUGGCCAACAGCGAGAACGCUGGGUUGGUCAGUCUGUUCGCCCCUGAUCACGAUGACUAAUGUGAUGACGGCUAACUUUGUGGUACUACCGGUGGCCCUCUCUGUUACAACACAGUGUCUGCUCUCACUAACGGAUUUUUAUUUUACUACUUUUGGUUUCUUUUUAACAAAAAGAUUUGAAUUUGAAUCCUGCACAAGCUGGGUGUACAUGUUUCCUUACGUUUCUAUUUUGUGCCAUUUUUUGAGCCGCAGAGGAAAAGAAGGGAGAAAAAGAGGAAAAGUAUCGAAAUGACAAAUAUAAAGCUAAAAAAAUCCUGUCAGAGGAAUGUAAAAGCAGAUCAUUGAUGAUACCUCCAGUGUGGACGUGGAGACCUCAGAAGACCCAGCACUACAUUCCAGCUGUACCAUUAACUUAGUGGACUUGAUCAAUGAAUUAUUUUUUUUUUUUUUUAAAAACAUCAACUUUGGUUUAACACUAAUGGCAGUGAAUUGUUUGUGUACAGGAGACGGUAUGUAAAAAGUGUUGUGGUGUUUAUAUUUUGCUGUUUUUAAUAAAUGUAGACUCAGUGGUCAUCUGAGGA